AUGGUUGAAAAUGAUGAUGAUGAUGAUGAGAAGGUGCCAAAAUGGGUUGAACUGUUCCUGCAAAGGACUUUCUUCAGCUCGUGUUUGGUUCAUGAGGAAGUUCAAAAGAAUGAAAUGAACUGGUACUGCAUAACCUGUGACGUCCCUGCAUGCAAGCACUGCCUCUCCUCCGAUGACACCCAUGAAACCCAUACGUUGUUGAAGAUUUACAGACAUGUUUACAGAGAUGUCGUUACCCUUGCUGAGAUGGGGGUUCAUAUCGACUGUUCCAACAUUCAGCCGUACAAGUGCAACAAAAAAUGGGUUGUGUCUUUAAACCCGCUGCCGCAUUGUGGAUCCGGGUCACAGGUUGACGAAGGUGGAGCUUGUGAUCUUUGCCGGAGAAGACUGAAUGAUCCUCGUCUUUAUCGUUUCUGUUGUCUUGCUUGCAAGGUGGAAAGCUAUAUGAAGAAGGCAAACGAUAACAAGGUUAGGGUUGAUGAAGAAGCGACGGACGAUGAAGUUGGGUGCAGCACACAAACGCGGCGCAAGCGCAGAAGGAAAGGUGUUCCUCACAGGUCUCCAUUCUUCUGA